AGGGACACGACCACCCCGUGGAGAAGCUUACCCCAUUAUUUCCGCAUGAUUUAUUACUCCGAACCUUUGCCUUCACGACGUUUUAAGUUGAAGUUACGCUAAAUUUAUUGAUCAUACAUUCAAUAAAUAACCACGACUUGCUGCCCCGCGAAUCAAAAUGACGAACGCGCGUAUCCGCGAACUGUCCCCGCAGGACCGGCAUGCCCGGCGGCACGACGCGGAGGGGCAGCCGCUGGAGAGCAACGAAGCGGACAACCCAACGCUGGAAGACCUCUGCACCUGCGGGCUCCACCAGUCGCCGCGCCCCCCACGGCAGAUGCGGAAGCCGCUGCCUUUCAACGGCAACCCAGAGAGCGCAAACUUCCGAGAUUUCGAUCCGGACGAGAGAAGAAACGCGCUGCGACGAGGUAUUGAUCAUUGUUUACAUGCGUAUCUGGUGGUGUGUUGCUUUGCAUAUUUUUUGUUUGAAGGUUUUUUUUCGGCAAUUGAUUCGCGAAGCUGUCUACGCAUACUUACUUACUUUUACUUACUUCUAUCUUGCAGCAGCUUCAGUUGUAAGUAUGAGAAAUUCCUUCCCUACUUACUCCUACGAAUGAAAAUACGAUCACUGCCGCAAAAUGCAGGCGACGUGAAUGCGAUGCGCGAGUCGGCAGAUUACCCCCUUGCGCAAGGCAAGAUGACGGCGGACAGCACGCAAAAGGAGGAUUACCGGCAGUGGCCUUUGGAGAAGCGGGACCCGCCACCGCCGGUGAAGCAGCGAAAACCCCUUCCGUUCAAGGGCGAGUCCGAGAACCACGCGCAGCACCGCGAGUUCUCCCCCGACGAGGCCAAGAUGGCGCUCCGGAAACCGUGCCCGCUGCACGACGGGGGCAACUUUUGGGACGGCAACAGCAACGACUACAAGACCACCGCGCAACAGGACUUUGACCCGAAACCGCUGGAGAAACGAAGUUUCCAAGAACCACCAAAAAUGCGGAAGCCGCUGCCAUUCACAGGUAUUGGGUUUUUGGCAGACGCACCAAUUUUUAGGGGCAUGUUUGACUUUGAAGUAAUUUGUUUCAUAGCAGGUUCUGACUUUAGCUUCUGAUAGAUUUUUCUCCUGAAUUGUGGCAUUGAAGAGUCGUGAUGUCGACGCUUCUCAGUAGGGGAUUUUUCUUACAUGAUGUCCACGACUCGUGGUUCAUUUUCAAAGCCGCGGGUAGGUACACAUGUUCUUCUUGGAUCAGAAUUAUGAAUACUGUUUGGAAUAGAAAAUCUUUAAUAUCACAUCAGGCCAAGCCCUUUCAAAGCAGGAUUUCCCGAACUGGGAAACCGACGCACGGCGCGAGCAGUGCUCCCGCGCGAAAAAGACCUCCGACGACAACCCGUUGACGCAGCGGCUCCACGCGCACGGGGACUACGGGAGCGAGUAUUUGAACCAAUUUACCGAGAAGGAGAUGGCGAAGCCGACUUUUUCCCCCCCGCCGCCCCGGCGAAAACCUUUGCCCUUCCAGGGUACUUCGGAGGCCAGCGCCCAGCUCCGCGAGUUCUCCCCGGACGAAGCGCGCGACGCGAAGAGACAGCUGUGCCCCAUGAGUCCCGGGGGGGAGUUCUGGGACACCCACAAGGGGCAGUGGGUAACCACCAACCAGACGGAUUUCGACAAGAAGGAGCUCGCGAAGCCCCUGCCAAGGCAAGAAGUUCCAAAGCGAAAACCGCUGCCCUUCACCGGCGACGCGCUGUCGAAGCAGGACUUCCAGCAGUGGGAGGGGGACCAGCGGCGCGAGCAGUGCACCCGGGCCAAGCACGCGUCGGAGGAGAAUCCGCUGAUUGAUAGACUGACCAAGAAGGGCGAGUACGAGAGCAGCAGCCGAAACGCGUACCAAUACAAGGAGUGCGCGGCGGCGGUGUUGCUGAAAGAGUACCCGCUGGAAAAGGGGCAGAUGGUGGGAGACGGGAAGAACCACCUGUAUUGGGACGGGAAAAACAAGAAGUGGUUUUGAGAGUGGGGGCCACAUCAAGAGAUAGAAGAUUUGCAGAAGUUUUAGCUGCGCACCUUUUCGUGGAGGAGAUCCCCUGUAGAUUAUUCUGGUUUAGUAGUUCUUUUCCUUCUAUUUGAGUUCUUUAUCGUUUGUUGUUCGCGAGAGUCGCGUCAUUUACGAAUACUUUGGCUUUACUAGCGCGCUGCACCCCAUCAAAACAUCCAUGUUUGCGAAUGACUGAGCCAGUUCUUUCGGCUCUAGUUCAAUGAAAACAAGUGCACGACGACGUUGACGACUCAAAGAAUACCUCGUCCAUUAAAGCUCGCUUCUUUUGGAUACGUACAGCUAGACCGCAACGAACCGAGCCUGACUUUUGUUGCAGAGCGGGCGACCUUUGUUCCUGAUUCUACGUACAGUGCCACGGCUUCACGCCUUUUCUGAAAACAG